AUGAAGACCGCCUUCUUGUCCACUGCUACUCUUGCCGUUGCUAUCGCUCACUCUGUCGCUGCCGACUGCGACAUGGCCGGGAUCGAGGGCAAACUCUACUCGAACGCGACCAAAGGCCUCGCGAGUUGCAAGAACGCCACAGGCAUUGACAUUUUCUCGGUCAGUGAGUUUCCCACGCUGGAGCAGGUCACAGAGCUGUCCCAGAACGUGGACUGCGCCGACUACUUGAACCAGAUCAACCAGGUGGCCAACACGGAGACCCAGUGCAACGUGACGAUCGAGGGCGUGGACAUCAACUUCGGAAAGCUCAUUGCCAGCUUUCUCACAGGAAAGACGGGCAACGAGUCGGACUCGGGCAGCGGAUCCGUCGAGAUCCCAAGUGCCAGCGACUCUGGAUCGGAUUCCCUCGAACGAACAAUUGCGCCGCCGAAGUCUGCCGGUUCCAACGAGGCCUCGGGCGCCCACGCCCUCUCACUUGUCUUCUAUUGCGUUGCUUCUACCCUUGUGAUGGCGCUGCAGUAG